AUGGAUACGUUAUUAACCGCGGACAUCGUCGCCAAUUCCCCGCGAUUCCGGCGAAAGUCCUCCACGUUUGUGGACGCGAUCCAUGAUUUGCCUGAGAAGGCUGAUCUGGCCCCCGCGCAGCUCUACAGCACCGAGUCCGGCCGACUCUUCCACUCCGGUCGGAUUGUCAUCAUCACUGUAGGAUUACCAGCAAGAGGCAAGACACAUAUCUCUGUCGCUCUGGCACGUUACCUUCGAUGGCUAGGUGUGAAGACAAGAAUAUUUCACUUGGGAGACUAUCGGCGUGCUACUAUCCCUUAUGGUCAAGAUAUCCCCGACGAUUACUUCUUCGUUAACGCAUCGGCGUCCUCAGUUCUUUUACGACAGAAGAUUGUAAAAAGAUGCCGCGAGGAUAUAUACCACUUCUUGAACCAUGAGAAUGGUCAGAUAGCAAUUUACGACGCUGUCAAUCCCAUCGCCUCGGGAAGACGGUCACUCGCAAAGGAAUUUGCCAAGCAUGAUAUAGAAACACUGUUCAUUGAGUCAUGGUGUGAUGAUGAACGCAUCAUUGAGGAGAAUGUGCGGAGGGUCAAGAUAUCUUCACCGGACUACGUAGGGUGGUCUUCGGAAGACGCUGUCAAACAUUAUUUGACCAGAAUAGCCGCCCGUAUCCCACAGUUCCAAACAAUGGAAGAGACGGACCUCAAUUAUAUCAAGAUGAUGAACGCAGGUGAACGAUUGAUCGUUAACAACUGCAGUUUUGGCUACCUUUCUAAUCGGAUUGUGUUCUACCUUCUUAACCUCCAUAUCAAGUCCAGGCAUACGUACUUCGCCAGGGCUGGCGUUUCAUUGGAAGCGCCCUCUUACAAAACAGAUGCCUCUUUGUCUGAACAAGGGGAGGAUUAUGCUAAGAAAAUGACUGAAUGCUUACUGCAGCACAGGGAGGCUGAAAGACAGGCCAUGAUCGAGCAGGGCGAAAAAGAUUAUGAGUUGAAGCCGUUGACGGUAUGGACAUCUACACGACGGAGGACAGUCGAAACCGCCAAGUAUCUCCAUGAAACAGGAUACAAGGUUCGGCAGCGACCCCAGAUGAGCCAGUUGAACCCCGGGGUAUGCGAGAAGAUGUCGGAAAGGCGAAUCCGUGAGGAGUAUCCGGACGAGGUGGCGAAGCAUGAGCUUGACCCUUAUCAUCAUCGGUACCCGCGAGCAGAGUCAUAUCAUGACCUUGCAGUGCGACUAGAGCCAAUUAUCCUGGAGCUUGAACGUGAACAGAAUGAUCUCUUGAUCAUUGCACACGAGAGCGUACUAAGGGUUCUCUAUGGGUAUCUGAUGGCCUGCAAUGCAGCCGAUAUCCCAUUCCUGGAAUUUCCACGGGACGAAAUAAUUGAAAUAAUACCCGAAAGCUAUCAGAACGAGGCACGCAGGAUCCACAUUCCUGGUCUUCCCAAAGAGAUCAUCCCCGGCUCGCCCGAAGAUAUCAAGAUUCCCGUCCCACCGAGUGGGAUGACAACCCCACUGGCUGGGGGACUUGGAAGUCCAAAGGAAGGCCUCGCAACGCCGCAGAGCGGCCUCCGGACCCCACGGGAGCCCGAGAGGAUCUCGCAGCAGCACUCCCGACUGACGAGCUUCAUGGUCUCCAUUACCUCCGAGUACAUCAGCGUCGGGGGCAAUAGGCAUCCCGCCGCCGCCGACUGGGACGUCCAGUUGGGCGUGCUUGCCUUUGGCGCAGAUACCAAUGUUGCACUAUGGGAUCCUAGGGACAGUUCACAGCGCGGGGUCUAUUCGCUUCUUGUCGGCCACACCGACAAGGUCAGUGUCGUUCGGUUCUACACAUGUCCUUCCUCGGGAACGAAACUUCUCUUGACGGGGUCUGUUGAUCCCAAUCCACGCCAAUUCGUCCACGCGCAUACUCUGGAAGGACAUACGGGCUCCGUUAAUACGAUCGCCGUGGCUGAUGGGUUGGAUAUUGUCGCAUCAGGCGCCGCAGAUGCUACACCAAAAGGUGAACUGCUGAGGACUAUACCUAUGAAGCCACGGUUCUUUCCAUUGGCUUUGGCUUUGGCAUCUCUUCAAACCGAAUCGAACGACGGAUCUAUGGCAUUGGCGGUUGCAGGGACCACCAACGCCGUGCAAGUGUAUGUGGCGGAGAACACUGGUGUCGACCCUGAUUUCAAGCUUUCUGCUGUAUUGUCUGGACACGAGGCGUGGCAAAGCAAGACUGGCGAUCUGCUAUUGGCCUCUGCCAGUCAAGACAAGUAUGUUCGUCUCUGGCGGCUCCAGCGAGGGGAGGUUGUCCCUGCCACGCCAGCGUGCGAUGACGACCCAAUGCUAGGCGGGUUCGAACCGACGCUAUCAAACAAGGCCCAUCAGUUUGAGGCAGCGGGAUCCAAAUACUCUGUCACAUUCGAAGCUCUCCUAUUCGGAAAUGAGGACUGGGUUUACACUACGGCAUGGAACCCGGAUCCAGAGCGCCAGCAACUCCUCACAGCCUCGGCAGAUAAUACUCUAACUAUUUGGGAACAAGAUCCGGUUUCGGGGGUGUGGCUCUCUGGUGAGCGGAUGGGAGAGAUCAGUGUCCAAAAGGGUUCCACCACAGCUACUGGCAGUACCGGUGGAUUUUGGAUAGGACUUUGGUCUCCAGACGGCAAGCAGGUUGUGAGUCUGGGCCGCACUGGAAGCUGGCGCUCGUGGACAUAUGAUGCUGAAGCCGAUAUGUGGGCGCAAUCACUGGGUAUCUCCGGCCAUGUACGGUCAGCCAAUGGAGUCCAAUGGGAGCCAACAGGAGGAUAUCUCCUGUCGAUGAGUGCCGAUCAAACAACACGCCUUCAUGCUCCGUGGGUGCGCGAUGGACUCAAGUCGUGGCACGAAUUUUCACGACCUCAGAUUCAUGGUUACGAUCUAAACUGCGUGGAUGUUUUGGGACCGGCCCGGUUCGUUUCCGGCGCGGAUGAGAAGCUUUUGCGAGUAUUCAACGAACCGGGCCCGAUUGCGCAGCUUUUGGAGAAGCUCUCGGGGUUCAAGCAGUCCACUGAAGGAGCACUACCAGACACCGCGCAGAUUCCCGUCCUAGGAUUGUCUAACCAGGCACCUGCGGAUGACGCUCCUGCAGGCGAGGACGAAGCAGAGGGUGAAGAAGUUGGCAAAGCCCAGGCAAACCAGGCGCUUUUGUUAGAGGCAAACCGGCCGCCAUUGGAGGAUCAGCUGGCUCGCCGCACGUUAUGGCCGGAGCAUGAAAAGCUGUAUGGACACGGAUACGAAAUAUCAGCUGUGGCCGUCAGCCACGACCGCACGCUUAUUGCCACUGCUUGCAAGGCGAGUUCGAUCGAUCAUGCAGUGGUGCGGUUAUACGAUACAUCGGAUUGGCACGAGAUUCGACCAUCUCUCGCUGCGCACACCUUGACCAUCACUAGUCUCAAGUUCUCCAGCGAUGACCGUUACCUCCUGAGUGUUGGGCGCGACCGGCAGUGGGCCGUUUACGAGCGCAGCGAGAAGGAUCCCUCCACAUUUUCACUCCUGACUUCGAACCCUAAGGGCCACUCCCGAAUGAUCCUUGAUGCCGCAUGGGCGCCUACGUCGGGGACCCACGUCUUCGCAACCGCUGGCCGGGACAAGUCAGUAAAACUCUGGCAGAAGAACGAAGGCUCGUUCGAGUGCAAGUCUACCAUUCCGCUGAAGACGCCCGUCACCGCUCUCGCGUUCCUUCCGCAGGUAUACAAGGACUCUGUCUUCCUUGCCGCGGGUGAAGAAAGCGGAGAAUUGUGUGUCUAUCAGAUUGCCGUCGAGAGCCUGGAAGCCAGUCAUCUGUCGAGCGUCGACAAACUAGCAUCCCCGUCGAAGGCGAUCACGCAGCUGGCCUGGCGGCCGAUACCCGAAAAGGAGACACGUAAUUUUGCGCUUGCAGUGGCAAGCGAAGACACAUCAACCCGGAUAUAUAGCUUCUCGGGUAUGGUUCUAUAG